AUCUGUCCAGAGUGCGAACGAUCAUUCAACAGUGAAAGUGCUCUGAAGCAGCACUCGCACAUGCACACCUCACAGAAACCUUUCAUCUGCCCGACGUGUUCCAGAGCCUACACGCAGCAAACAAGCCUCAGCAGACAUAUCCGGUUCAAU